AUGUCUGUGGUGGUGACCUCAGUAACUGCCCUCUCCAUCUCUGCCAUCGCCACCAAUGGGAGGGUGACCUCGGGUCCUGAAAUUGGUGGGCCAAUUGGGAUGGUGUUUUCCUUUGCCAACGCUUUGGGCUGUGCACUCAACACCGUUGGCUUUGCAGAGGUGGUCCGUGAUCUAAUGCAGGAGUUUGGUGUUGUCAUGGUUGAUGCAAUCAAUGAUGUCCGUAUCGUGGGCGUGAUCACGGUGACUAUUCUGCUGCUCAUUUCAUUGGCUGGAAUGGAGUGGGAGUCCAAGACCCAGAUUCUGUUCUUUAUAGUUCUCUUGGUCUCGUUUGCCAACUACUUCGUGGGCACAGUCAUACCACCCAGUCUGGAGAAAAAUGCCCAGGGAAUCUUUGGAUACCGUAGUGAAAUCUUCAUAUCAAAUCUGAAACCAGACUGGAGAGGAGCUGGACACAACUUUUUCAAGAUGUUUGCCAUUUUCUUCCCCUCCACCAUCGGCAUCCUGUCUGGAGCCAACAUCUCCGGAGACCUCAAAGACCCUGCUACUGCUAUCCCUAAAGGCACCCUCAUGGCCAUUUUCUGGACUACAUUCAGCUAUCUAGUAAUAACUGCAACUAUUGGGUCGUGUGUGGUGCGGGACGCCUCUGGUAAUAUAACUGACCUUCUGACUGGAAACGUCACUGAUGGCUGUGUGGGUCUGGCUUGCAACUUUGGCUGGAACUUCACAGAGUGCAUCCAGUCACAGUCUUGUGAUUAUGGUCUGGCCAACAAUAAUAAGGUACUGGGCCAAGUUUCAGGUUUCUAUCACCUCAUCACUGCUGGUGUCUUCGCAGCCAGCUUGUCGUCAGCACUCGGCUUCCUCGUCUCUGCCCCUAAAGUCUUUCAGUGUCUGUGCAGAGACAAUAUCUACCCGUACAUUGGAUUCUUUGCAAAGGGUUAUGGGAAGAAUGAUGAGCCACUCCGAGCCUAUUUACUCUGCUACGUCAUUGCUGUGGCCUUCAUUCUCAUCGCUGACCUGAACAACAUCGCAGCCUUGAUCUCCAACUUCUUCCUGUGUUCCUACAGCCUCAUCAACUUCAGCUGCUUUCACGCUUCAAUCACCAACUCCCCCGGUUGGAGGCCGUCAUUUCACUACUACAGUAGAUGGACAGCUUUGUUUGGAGCAGUGAUCUCUGUGGUGCUGAUGUUCCUGUUCACCUGGUGGGCUGCUCUCACAACCUUCUGCAUCAUCUUCUUCCUGUUUGGAUACGUCAACUACAACAAGCCAAAGGUAAACUGGGGUUCGUCAGUCCAGGCGGGUACAUACAACAUGGCCUUGUCAUACUCUGUUUCGCUGUCUGGCGUCGAGGAUCAUGUCAAGAAUUUUAGACCGCAAUGUCUUGUCCUGACUGGGCCACCAAUUCAGCGACCAGCCCUAGUGGAUUUUGUCGGGUCCUUCACCAAACACAUAAGCCUCAUGAUCUGUGGAGACAUAAUCAUGGAGCAGGACAGGCAGACUCGGCCGCAGGAUACCACAGAUUGGUUGGUGAAGUGGAUGAACAAGAGGAAGGUGCGCUCUUUUUAUACUCCUUUCAACGCAGACAGCCUCAGAGUUGGAGCUCGACACUUGCUACAGGCUUCUGGUCUUGGAAAGUUAAAGCCCAACACUCUGGUCCUGGGCUUCAAGGCAAACUGGAGGGACAGUACUGCUGAGAGCAUUGAAGAUUAUAUCAACACCAUAUAUGAUACCUUUGACUCCAACUACUGUUUGUGUAUCUUGCGGAUGAUGGAUGGAUUGGAUAUCUCUGACCAGUUUGAUUUUGAAGAGAACCAGGGCUUCGAGUCUGAUGAAUCUGUUGAAAAUGAUGACCAGCAGUCUCCUGAGAGGUUAUCAGUUGAUGACAUCUCAGAUAGAGGCGACAGUGAUCAGAUCAGGACAGUGUUUCAGAAUGACCAGGGGAAGAAGACCAUCGACGUCUACUGGAUAGCUGAUGACGGAGGUCUGACUCUGCUGGUGCCUUACCUGCUCACCAGGAGGAAACACUGGCACCACAGUAAGGUCAGGGUCUUCAUCGUAGGAGAUGAACAAAACAUGGAGGAAGGCCGCAACGAGAUGAUUGCUCUGCUGAAGAGAUUUCGUUUGGAUAUUAACGACGUUAUAGUCAUGACGGACAGUGAGAGGCGUCCACACGCCAAGAACCUGAGUAGGUUUGUGGACAGUGUUGCCCCCUUCAGGCUACAUGAUGAACAGCAGGAAGGCAUCUCAGUGGAGGAACUGAGACAAAACGCCCCCUGGAAAAUAACCGACAAAGAGUUUGAGGCCUUCAGACUUAAGUCUGAAAGAAAAGUGAGGCUGAACGAAAUCAUCCGGAGGAAUUCCCAACACGCUGCUCUCGUGCUUGUGAGCCUUCCUGUGCCACACAGCGACUGCCCCAGCGCUCUGUACAUGGCCUGGCUAGACACUCUGACCUGUGGCCUCCACUGCCCUGCGGUGCUGAUACGAGGAAACCAGCAGAAUGUGCUCACUUUCUACUGCCAGUGAAUCCUGGAUCCUAUUUUG